GUCUCCACACAAAGCAGCGGCUUUCUGGCUGUGACCUCCUGUCCGAUGGGAGCGUCCGCAGAACCCUUCGAGUUGGCUAUGACGGGCGGGAUUUCAUCUCCUUCUCCCCGGAGAGCGGGACCUUCGUGGCGGCCGAUGGAGCUGCCCAGAUCACCCAGAGGAAAUGGAAAUCUGAAGGGUACGAGGAUCUUCAACAAGACCUGGGACUGAGAUGUGCAGAAUGGCUCCAGAAAUUUGUUGGAUAUGGGCAGGAGGCGCUGGAGCACAAAGAGCCCCCUGAUGUCCACGUGUCCGGGAAAGAGGAACACGGGAUCCUGACGUUGUCCUGCCACACGUACGGAUUCUACCCCGGGAUCAUCGCGAUCAACUGGAUGAAGGGGGAUGAAAUCCGGGAUCAGGAGACGGAGUGGGGCGGGAUCGUUCCCAACAGCGACGGCACCUUCCACAGCUGGGCCAGGAUCGAGGCACUGCCGGGGGAGCGGGAGCAGUACCGGUGCCGGGUGGAGCACGCCGGAAUGCCGGAGCCCGGGAUCUUCGCCUGGGGUGAGCCUGGGAACGGGCAAUGUGGCAACUGGGCAUGUGGGAACGAGGAAUUUGGGAGGGUGUUCCAGGAGUUGAGAAAGGCCGAGUGUCACUUAAUCAACGGCACCGAGCGGCUGAGGCUCGUGGGGAGGCUCACCUACACCUGCCAGGUGAAGUACAUCAGCCUGGAGCAACCCCUCAGCCGGCACUGGG